AUGACUCUUCCAGUCAUGUACUCUAAGCUCACUAUGAGCUCUGGAUCCAAGGGUUGGCUCCCAAAAUUACCUUCCAAUCCUACUAGUAGUCCCUUAAUUUCCUCUCCAAGUCCAUUGGCGGGGUGUGCACUACUUCAGGUUGAACAAUUUCAGAAACCAGCAGAAUCUACUAGGACUAUCACACUCCCAAUAGACAGGCAACUUCCAGACAAACAAGUACUCGCAGACCUCAAAGCAGCAAUGCAAGCAAGACUUGACAUCACAGAUGAUGAUCAAGCCAGCUUAAGCUUAGAGCAUUGUGCAAUUAUUCUUGAAGCUCUUCAAAACCCACAAUCAAACACUAUCAUAGGUUGUCUUAUCAUUGUCAUCGCUGGCAUCACACUUGCAGAGUACAUGGCAGUAUUAGCAUUUACAUCUGAAGAGAGAGAUUUUGAAGUUCAGGCAAAAUUCACCUAUUUUGAGGACACACAGGAACUUCAGAUCAUGCCUCCCCUCCCUGUCCAUGAACAACUGGCUGCCCACCUUUUCAAGGCCAUCAACAAAUUCACAGAUGCUCUUCCAUACAACAAACUCUUAGUCGACGUGACCGUACACCUCAACCACUGCAUCCAAAACAAGGACACCACAAAUAUCCCAGAUUUACACGUCGUUGUCACGACACAACCACCAGAGGAUGACAGUUCGGAUGACAUGGAGAUUUCGAAGCCUGUCUCUAAAUGGGUUGGUGAAUGUGGACUUUCAUCAGACUACAACUUCAUGGUGCAGAAGUUGAGAAUCAUGUGUGACGGCCAUCGUGACAUUGAUCUUGCCUUGAUCAUGUCCUUCAAAGAGCGGGUUAGAUGGCAACAGCCCAAGAAGACGAGUAUUGCCACUCAAACCCUUCAUACGAGUCCCGUAUUAGAAUACGAAGAAUUCAUCCCUGUGCGCAUCAAGAAGAAUCUCAAGUUUGGUCCAGUCACCCUCCACUCACAUGUAUGGAUCGACAUUAGCAAGGAAUCCAGACACGUUUGGAGGGGGACUCUUUACCCGACAGUAGAGAUGUCUGACGUCGAACACAUGCUGAGGGAUGGCGCCAAUGCAUUGAAGGAGUAUAUUGUUUCAUUGAUGGAAGGGAUGAGUUUAGAGAAGUCUGCAAUCCACCUUGUGCGCAAUUCCAAUCCCUCUUUCAAGCUCAUUUGGGGGGCUGGUGUCAAUCAAAUAUCUUCCACCAUAUAUCUCACAGCUUACUGCCGUUACUUGGAUUGGUGCAAUCACAAAUACAGCAAAUGCAAGAUCUCACCGACUGCCCAAUCCUCAAGCACUGGUGAUCAGAAUAUCGCCGCCUCCAUCUCGUCUGAUCCUACUACAUUGGCCUCCUCGUCUGAUCCUACGUCGGCCUCCUCGUCUGAUCCUACAUUUGCCUCGUCUGAUCUUACAGUCCGUUCAAGUUCACCCUCUAGGCUCUCGCUUGAUGUGCAAUCUGAGCCCUUGGUAAAGAAGGCCAAGACCAAGCCUAUUGAGGAGCCCGAGGUGAAGUCGAAGUCGAAGAAGAUAAAGACAAAGACUCGCAGAAAUGGAAAGGGGAAGUCGGGGCUCUAG